CUCUCUUGGUUCAGGCCAGAUUUUGGGUGGGAUAAAAGCAGUUAUGUGAGGAUGUCAUGCAUCAGGAGUCUCCGCACAUUCCUUACCCUUGACCCCCUGCCCCGCAGAUAUACUGAAUAUGCAAGUUAGAAGAGGGAAGCGUAUGUAUGUAUAUACAGAAGGAAUGCAUUUGGAGGAUUUUGCAGGAAAGUGUUAACUGGUAUUCUGGAUGGAAACAGAGUUUCUUGUUGGCAUUUUCUUCUUGGUGAUAGAGUGCAAGGUUACUGGAUGGUACCAGUAUUAGAAAAAGCCACCCAGGGAUUUGGUGCAUUCUGUGCACUGCAGAUUUGCUGACCUAGAAAUAUUUUAAGAGGCCUGGACUGUAAUUGUCUAGACACAGAGAGAUGACUACUUUGUGGCUGUUCCUUUUGACAGCAGGAAUGAGCCCAAGCCAGUGGAAUGCAGCAUGUGCCAUAGGCGUUUUAAGAACAUCCCAGCACUAAACGGCCACAUGCGGCUCCAUGGAGGAUAUUUUAAGAAAGUUAGCGACUUGGAGAAAGAUGAAUCAAAGAAAGAUAAAGAAGAGGGUAAUAGCGAGUCCCAGCCUCCGGAGCUGACCCCCCAGCCCCCGGCCAGUUCAUCUGGUGCUGACAGCAAUAGCAGCAACGCCAGUCUCACUGAGGCAAGAAACAUGUCCCUAGCUCAACACUUACAGCAGCCAAUACAACAACAGCAACAGCAACAACAACAACAUCAGCCAAUACAGCAGCAGCAACAACAUCAACAGUUACAGCAACCGAUGGGACCUCCCAAAUUGGAACCUGCUAUUUCUGUCAAAUUAGAAUCAAGUUUAGCAGUCAGUUCAAAUCAGGGACAGCCGACAAAUUUUGUGUCGACGAGCCACAUGACAGCUGGGCAGUUAUCGGUGAAAAAAGUCAAUGUUAUGCCCCCUCCAAGCUCAGUUCAUUUACCACUAUCUGGGGGCUUCAGUAUGUCUCAAUCCCAAAGUUUAAACAGUGAUGAAGGGUUAUUGUCAAGUUUUGCUGGUGUAGCAGUUGGUAGAGAGUUAGGUAUGGAACAAACAGGAGUUGGAGUAAAGCCGUCCAGUGCUAAUACAAGGAUUCCUUCAGCUUUUACUUUCACUGAUGCUGACAGUGUUAAAACAAAGCAAAAGCUUUUACAGGCCUUACAAGAACCCUCAUUUCGCCCUAUUCAGCAGGAAAAUUUGUUACGGCCAAUGCAGGAAGUGAAUGAGAGAAAAAGACACGCAAGUGCUGACCCAGACAAAUUUACUUCCCCGACCAGGAAAAAUUCCUUAACGUCUCCAGGCAGCUUAGCCUAUAUGUUAACAAAUUUUCAAAAAACUGGCAGCACUGUAAAAUGUGAACUUGAAAAGAGAAGAUCUCAGGAAUUUUUUGAUCAGGACGAAAUGUUUGUGCGUCCUGAGCCCGUGCGAUCUCGGAGUCGCCCGGACGAGCACAGUAUAGGGCGACCACGGAGUAGGACGGAUGAUCCAUUCCAUGCUAGAAAAGGGAUUGAAGAGGGAAUGGGGGUGUUCAGGAACCCAGGUGCCAUGCACGGCAGUCAGAUCAAGGCAAAAAGAAAACACAGGCCCGAGCCUCUUGUGAUUCCGCAAAACAUGAGCCAUUUUGGCUUUCAGAGUAGGCUGCGGUCGCCUAGAAUUUGGGAACCCAGUGGGGCGGAGAAAAAAACGGGGCAUACUCCACCCCCGUACACCCCACCACCAAUGCUUAGUCCUGUGAGGAGCGGGUCCGGAUUGUUCUGGAGCAUACAGCCACACCCACUUAGACCUGUUACACCAAAGUCUGCACCUGUAACGCCAAAGAUCAGAAGAGGGAGUUUUGGAUUGAGUCACAGUGUCGGUGGCGUGACCAGCUGGUCCGGUCUCAUUCAAACAAAAGAGCCCAUUAAAGAGGAAGAAGAUGAGGAAGAAGAAGAAGAGGAAGAAGAAGAGGGCACAGAGGUUGAAGAAGAAACACAAAUUGAACCACCACCAGAAACUGACAUACAACCACAUGUAAAUAUAGGACCUCAGUAUCAAGCUGAUGUUCCUUCUUGCUUAGAAAGCCGCAAUAGAAUUUAUUUUGACGACCGAGUAAGGGAAGACCUGGUGUGGGACCCAGCAAUUAUAGAUCAUACUACUGAAGAUGAAGUUCAGUCAUAUCAGGAGUUUGCAAGCUGUGCUGCAGUGCCUGGGAAUGGAGUCAACAUGGAAUAUGCCUUACACUUAUUACACAUUGUGAAGGGAGACGUACAGAAAGCAAUUUUGGAACUUAUGAAGGCAACACCAAAGCUACCUAAUAGACAUCCACUUGUGACCUUUUCAUAUCAAGAAUCUGACACUUGGAGCUCAGAGGAAAUAGAAGCAUUCAUAGAAGGAAUGCUGAAAUUUGACAAAGAUUUUUUCAACGUUUCCAAAGAGGUGAAAACCAAAACUACCAAACAGUGCAUACAGUUCUACUACCUGUGGAAGAAAGUUUGCCUAGACGAAUACAAACGUAUGCGGAUAUUGCGUAGAAAACGCACGGACGAUGACAUUUACAACUUGCGCUCAAGAGCUGCUCAGCAGGAUGACUUGGAACAUCAGCAGCAGACACAGGCAGACAGUGAUGAUUCUGACGACGAUUCGUCUGCUACUGGAAAUGUAGAGGAACCGAAUGAAAAGGAACCAGAUGCCUCCAAUGGUGUCCAAAUAGUUUACACUUGUGCCUACCCAAAUUGUAAUGCAUCAUUUCCAUCAAAACAAGCACUUAGUGGCCAUAUAAGAAUCCAUGUGAACAGUAGUGAAGGGAAUACAAGAAAGUCUGCAGAACCCAGUCCUCAUCGAAGUCCUCACAGAAAGGAGGGGACAGGUCCCCCAUCAAACAAAUCAACAGUAUCAGAGGGAGUAGAGGAGUUUCCAUGCAAGAUUUGUGGAAA